AUGAAUCCUCCUGGGGUCAUGCCUCAGCAUGAAGCCUCUCUUGCUGACCUCUUAACCGCCGAGGACUUUGAUAAAACCGAGGUUCUCUUGUCGAGCAGCCCGUACCCUGUGUCGGGAUAUGCUCACGGACCGAUCCCGAAUAACAACCCAGGAUGGCUGCCACAAAGCAUCAUCGAACGCAGUCAGGGUGGAGAUAUCAGGCCUCAGAUCUUGGCUCGCGACAUCGAGGCGGGCAUGGUCUCUAACCCGCCUGCAAACCCUAUGGUCGCGAUGAACCGCACAAAUGGACUCGUGUGUGACGUUGAGGUUGCUCCAGGUAUCAUGUGCGGGUACACAUACAACACCCAAGCCACGCUUCGCAAGCAUCUUCGAAACGAGCAUCCCGGGGCCACGAUCAAUCUCAAAACACAGAGUCGUAGCCCCAUGGAUGCCCGCCUGGGUAGGAACGCGUUGAAACUUUGGGUGUUGACUGGGGGCUGGCGUCGAGCGCGCUAUCAGCAUGAGCCAGGUGCCGGGUCCGAUAACUCGUUGAUCCGCGAGUACUGCAAUGCCCUCGAGAGAAUUGCGCGAGAGGACCCCGAAUUUGCCAGCCGAUGGGGCACGAUGUUCCAUCGACCAGCCUGUGCCGCUUCCGAAGACCACGAAGACUCGGGGGCUGUCGUUGGGUCCGGUUUGGAUAUUCUGUACGGCCCUUCUCCCUCCCGCUCGUGA